AUCUCUCAGAUAUUUUCGAUCGUGUAAAAUUCCUCUGAUUAAAUGUAUGUCCAGAAUUGAUACGUUUAUAUAGCUCUAUAAUAGCUAAGAGGAAAUUUACGUACUUUUUUGUUAUAUCAUGAUAUAUGUAUUUUUUUUAAGAGACGAAGGUUGCGUUACUUGAAGGAAUGGGAGAAUCUCAGUGCUUCCAUGAUGCUUACCAGGCAUUGUAUACAGUGCAGUUAGCAAGCCAUGUAUGUGUUUAUGGUUAUUACACAUUAUGGUUAUUACAUAUUAUUCCUGUGUUUUUUGUUAAAAUAUAUUUCUAUAUCAGAAAAAGAUGUUAUUUGUAUUUCAUAACACAAACAAAAAAAAUCAGAAAAAUGUUAAAUGAUUUUAAAACUUGUCCAAAGUCACUCUCUUUUAUGAUUCAUAUUUUGUACAGACGAGAGCAUAGUGAAUUGUAUGAAAGUAGGAAUAAAAGUAAAGGAUCAUGACCAUGGAUUUUAGUGGAAAAAGGGAUGGGAUAUGCAGUUCAAAUUAAAAUCUCUUUCUAGAGGAGUAAAAGUAUGCAUUGCUAUAGGGGAGUGCUGAGCCAGGGGGCAGAGGAGAAUUUUGUCCCAAAGGCAAUGAGAAUUGGAAGGGGGAAAAGUACAUUUAAUAUAGCCAAAAGAUAGAGAAUAACGUAUCAAAUCGUUUUUAAGGGACGAUGGUUGCGUUACUUGAAGGAAUGGGAGAAUCUCCCCGCUUUUAAUGUAAAAUAUACAGUAGAUGUUCUGCGAGCCUCUGCUUUGUACACUAUGUACGCUGUGCCAAUGUAGUCGGGAUGUGAGUGGUAAGAUGACGUCUCUUUGGCUUCAGCGGCUUGUAUGAGCUAUCCAGAUAUAUAAUACAGAUCAGUGUUUGAGACACGUCGAGUUUUUAUUUAUUUUACGUUUUGUUUACAAACCUGCUUUUUCUUCUGCUGCUUCCCAUUCAAAAUUGACGACGUGUCAAUAAUAAGCUUUUACGAAAAAAGACAACUAGUCAAACUGUUGUAGUAGGAGAAUUAUUCAUAUUUUGGUUUAUUAGCACUACUUUUUGAGCACUUCAUUAAGUCAUUAUGAAGCAUCCUGGUCAUCAUUUAAUGCAGGGGUGUCAAACUUGUGCCAUGGAGGGCCAAGACACUGCAGGUUUUCUUUCCAGCCGGUCACUAAAGCAGGUGAUCACCACCUUCUUAAAUUUGAGGGAAGGAACUCAUCAAUUAAAGCUCCUACUGGAGAAACUGAUUGGAGAGACACCUUGCAGUGUCUCGGUCCGCCAUUGACAAGUCAUUUAAUGCCUCAACAAGACGAAAUACAGUACAUCUUUUGAAAAGAGCUUUCCUGUGUGGCUGAGGAGUGCACUGCAGAUGUAUGGAAAGAAACAUGUCAUGAAGAUCCUCCACUUCAUCGUCUGUUCGCUCCUGUUGCUUUACUUUGGAAUUCUCUUUGGACAAAACAUGUCCACACGCACACACACAAACACACACACAGCAGCUGCUGAGAAGAUUAUGGGCGUGCAAAAGAAAGACGAGGACAAUGCCCAGCUGCUCCACAACAAUCCAGAUCGGAUGCCACACUCCUGCGAGGAAUGGGAACGUUGGCAGGAAUGUUGAAGGCCGGGGUGGUGGUUGGCUCGUUCAAGUGGCAGCAGCUGCUCCCUUGGACGCAAUCUUUCCAAUCAGCACACGUAACUCUUUCUUCAGGACUCCUCACACACAGCACACGCAUGCAUUGAUCAGAUGUACUGGUGUGUGUGUGUGUAAGCAUUAAGCGUGCACGUUAGUAUGUGUCAUCAGACUAGAAUGGCAGCAUGCCAGGGUCAGAGGUCACAGCCAGUGUCCAUCCGUCAGCUGAGACGUUAAAGAACUUUUCCAAACAUGGACAACUCGAAGGAAGACUACACACAAUACACAUGAUUAUUUUUAUGAUAUUAUAGUUACAUACUAUUAUAUUAUACAUACUAUAUGUACUAUUGUAUCAUACAAGCUAUUAUUAUGCUAUACGUUAGCUAUUGUUAUAUUAUGCCAUGGCAUUAUUGUGAUGAUAUACUUUCAUAUUAUGCGUACUAUUAUGAUAUUAUAUGUACUAUUAUUACAAUUAUGAUACUAUACAUCUUUUAAAAUGUAAUACUGACUGUCGAGGUUCUGGUAGUCAUUGCAGACGUUUUGCUGUUCUACUGCUAUAGAGGUUCUGGUGCUAACGAGUUUGAAUAAUGACUGUAGAGGUUCUAGUGUUCUACUGCUAAAGAGGUUCUAAUAAUGACUGCAGGGAUGCUAGUGAUCUACUGCCAUAGAGGUUUUAAUAAUGACUGCAGAGGUUCUAGUUAUUAUUUACGAAUUUUACACCAAGACACCAAGAAGGACGUGUUUGCCUCCACUUAAAUGUUAAAAUGUGUAUGUGUGUGGGGGGGGGCUCUCAGCUGCCAUUCUGAGGGUGGGAUCAUCAGCCCCCGAACCUCCCAUUGUGCUUUGCCAGGUGGUUUGUGUGUUGUGUUGAUGCUCACUUCAGAGACGACGAGGAACAUCCCAGCUGCCCUGACUACGCUUCUUUUGGCAGGUUAGAACCUCAACACACAAAACCAUAAAGAACCUCUGACGACCACAAGCUCCACACAGGCCACCAUGUUGUCAUGCAUUCUGCUGCUGCUUGUCCUGCCAGCCAAGUGUGACGGUGAAGGAGACGAGUGCAGCUGUGACACGUCCAACAGUCGCUGUGACGACUCAGGAGCGUGCAGGUGCGACCCUGGCUGGGAAGGCGAGCACUGCCAACGCUGCGUGCCGACACCGGGCUGCGUCCACGGAAGCUGCCGGCGGCCUUGGCAAUGCGAGUGCCUGCCUGGCUGGGGGGGGCGUUUUUGUGACAAAGACCUUGAUGCGUGCUCGCGGCAGCCAUGUCACAACGGAGCCACGUGUGUGAUGGACGACGGCGGCGAAUUCACCUGUGUGUGUCCACCAGACUUCUACGGUCCAAACUGUCAGCUGAAGGCGGGGCCAUGCCUGCAGAACAGGUCGGCAUGUCAAAAUGGCGGCCAGUGCGAAGAUGACCACGGCUUUGCGGCCCAGCUGACUUGUCGCUGCUUGGCCGGAUUCAGCGGGCCACGUUGCGAGACCGACGUGGACGACUGCGCCAUGGCGCCUUGUGCCAACGGUGCCACUUGCCUGGACGCCAUCAACCGCUUCCUGUGUGUUUGCCCCACCGGCUUCACCGGACGGUUCUGCACGGUCAACAUGGAUGACUGCGCCAGUCGGCCCUGUCUCAAUGCCGCCCGCUGCCUUGACCUCGCCGGAAGCUUUCGCUGCGUGUGCCGGCCGGGCUUUGCCGGUCUCACCUGCGAUGUGGCGCUGCAGACCAGCAACGGGCGUGAGUGGCGAGGACACCAGCUGACCAAGGGCGGAAGCAGCAACAGCACGGAUGCCAUCGACGUGCUCUUCAGGGUGACACUCAGCGAGCGCAGCGUUGGCCUGUCAAGAGCGGAGAUAAUUUCACUGCUGGUGCUGGUGGGGGUGACAUCAGGCGCGGUCGCGUUGACCGCCACCUUCGUGCUGCACGCUCAUUGCAGAGCCUGUGGCCACGCCCCCUGGAGGCGACGGCGAGCGCAGCAGAACUAUGCCGACUCUCGCAUCAACUUCCUGCACGCAGCUGACAGGAAGUUGAACUGUGACCCCGCCCACACAGGACCUUCAUGUUAUGUUAAUGAACGCUGAUGUAAUCAAAAUAAGAGCUUGACACACCCCGCCCCCAUUUUGGACUUAAGCCAUUCAAACGUAGCAACAUUCCACACGUCUUCCUUGCGCCUUCAAUCCACAGCUCAGAGAUCAGUGAUUGUAUUAGAAAUAUUUGUAUUUAAAAAAAAAAAAAAAUCAAACACUUCCUGUUUAUUUGUUUAUUUUUUGAUUGGCUGGUCUCACAAUCAGAAAGUUUGUCUGUUGGAGGGUAGGUCACAUGUCAGUCUCGGCCAAUGAGCUCUCGCCUAGACCUGACAUCAGGGGGGCGAAGUCUGUACAGUUUAAAGAAGUGGACAGAACGAAGCUAACCAGACUUGAUCCAGCAUCAGAAAAGUUCUAUUUGGGGAGGGGAGGUUUCUUGUCUCUGAUAGGCGUAGGCGUGCUGCUGGAGACGGGGUGUAGUUGGAGAGGCGGGCCCCGUCUGUUGUCUUUCUCGUCACCUUCAGUCAGCAGGUUGGCCAUCCUCUGCUGCAGUUUGGGGUUGAUGUGGUUCUCGGUCAGAACCAGAAGCCGCAGGCUGGUCGGGAAGUUGUCUGCCAUAGACACAGAGCCAUAGAACUCAAGCGGCUCAAACAUACAAAAUCAUCCUUCUUGACCUUGUUGAGUCCGCUUCCCACCAGAUCCUGAACCUUCAGAGUUCUACUGGACACUAGAGCGACCACCAGCAUCCAGAUGACUCACCAGAUUGUCAAACACAAACUGUAGUAGUUUACACUACACUAAUUAACUGGAUUAAAAUUAAGACUGUGUUUUUAAGGCUGUUUCAACCACGUGACCCAGAGGCAGUUCCGGUGAGCAGACGGGGGUGGGGGUCCAAGCAUAAGCGAUGGCCACUUACACACACACUAUUGUUUGUGCAAUAGUUUGGAAAUGAAAGCGAAUAACGGUGCAUGUCGUUGAAAUUAUUUGCUUCAAUUGUGUGUGUACA